AUGAACUCGGCUGCUGUACAUUCGUCCAAACUCAUCGCAGAGUUUGAAAACCAGCCGCAGCAACACUUGCUCCCACAGUACCCAUCCCAGCACCCAUUUGGUGCCUCCACACAUGGUCCUUUUGGUGGAGCAUCCGCAACCGACGACAACCGACAGCACAGUGACGACGCUUUUUCCGCACACAACGAGAUGGGCAACGGUGCUGAUUCCGAUGCGGCGAACGCAGCGCCGAACCCACACGAGCUCGCACAUCACUCUGCACCUGGUCCGUCCGCUAGCCACCAACCUCGCGCACUCACGCAGUACGACUAUCCAGGAGGAUGGGGUGCACAGACCUUUAACGGUCUCGGUGGGCUCACCCAGGACAGCGCAUCUCGCGUCGCCACUCUACAGGCCAAGCUCAACCAGAGGCUCGGUCCCGAAUACCUCUCACAACGACCCGGUCCAGGUGGCGGCAAAAAGUUGACCUACAUCGAGGGUUGGAAGCUCGUCGACCUGGCCAACGAAGUCUUUGGCUUCAAUGGCUGGUCCACCACCAUUGUACGUCUGGAUGUCGACUUUCUCGAUGGCUCGCCCGACGGUACUCGCUUCAAUGCUGGCGUCAGCUGCGUCGUGCGAGUCACUCUGCGUGACGGUGCUUUCCACGAGGACAUCGGCUACGGCAGCGCCGAAAAUGCUAGGCAGAAGCAUGCUGCACUCGAAAAGGGAAAGAAGGAGGCCGUCACCGACGCCACAAAACGAGCGCUCAAAAACUUUGGCAAGCUGCUCGGCAACUGCACCUACGAUCAUCAGUACUCGGCCAAUGCGCUCAAGGUGAGCAAUCCAACGCCCAAAUUCGAUGCUUCCGAGCUCCAUCGCAGGCCAGAACUACGACAUCCUCAACCAUCCGCCCCGACGCCGCCGCCGCCGCCAAAAUCAGCGCCCGUACAGCUACAACCAGCACAAGCCCAGCCGCCUCGGCCGCCACUUGCCCCGACCAAGCCAACAGACGCUCCAGCACCGCAGCAAGCUAGCUCCAGUUCAGUACAACCUGCGCUCACCGCUCCCGAUCCAUCGGCAAGCACCGUCAGACCGCCGGCACCACCUUUGCAAAGUGUCGGAGCGCCGCAACUUGCUGCGGCAACCACCACGCCAUUUGCAUCCAGCUCGACCACCGCACCUUUGAUCGUCAGUCACAAUGCUGCUUCGAAACCAGACAAGCAGAAUACCAACCAUGCAUUCAAGGAUGAGGUGGCAGAACGCCAACAGAGAUCCAUGCUCGCUCGACAAGCCUAUCUGCAACGUCAGCAGGCCGAAGCACGCAAAAUCCACACGCACGCGCCCGCGCCAGAAUCGCACCAGAUUGUCACGGUCGCUAUUGGAGCACAGAAUGCGGGAGCCGCAGCCGCAGCCGCAGCCGCAGCAGGCCAAGUCGAGUUUGGAUCUGAUUCCUUUGACGACAGCUUCAACGAAGUGCUCGCCGACUACGACGAGACGUCGAUGGGCGAUGCCGAAGCGGCCUCGCGAGCGCUCGAGAUGGAGAUUGAUGAAGCGCAUCGCCAGCUCUCUCCUGCCGAGCAUGAGGAUCUGGACGAUACCAGCAGUGUUUUGCAUUCCAACUACAACGCUGCUGAUGAUAGUGGAGUCGCGUUGUCCGACAGCUCCAACGCUGUGCAGGUUAAGCAGGAAAAGGUGAAAGCAAUCGAGAUGCGACGCUCAGCGAGCCCGGUCAAGCAAGUCAAGAUGGAAGCGGCCAAAGCGCCACGUCGAGCCGGAAGCGUGGGUCGAUUCGUCUCGCCGCCGCCGCUUCCUCGUCCGGCUUUCAAGACAAGUGCAAGCCUAGCUCCAGGCUCAGCAGGCUACGUGAGCGGCAACAACGUGAUGCGCAACGGUACCACUUCUUUGUCAGCUGCCUCCAUGGGGGUUGGUGCAUCGCGCAACGCGGGCGCACUGCCUUGUCGGCGCAUGCACUCUACCACGCUCCAAGGCAUGGGCGGUGUCGAGGGUGGAGCGGCCAACACUACAGCAGCACGACAGCCUACGCGCGAGCCUGUCGACGAUGCUCGUGUAGCAGAUGACACGCUGCGUGGAGUCAAGAGGUCCAGCGAAGCUGUCGAUUUCGAGACAAGCGUUUCGACCAGAUCGGCAAUGGCACCAACUUCAGCUGCCAACGCCUUUCGUCGCCUGUAA